AUGUCACUUCUUCGCUGUGUAGCAAAGCUUAACAGAACGAUCGGAUCGUCAACGCUCUUAACUGCCGUGACCUCAAGUGCUGGUUUUAAUUUUAGCAAUCUCAAUCGCAAUCAUACCACCACGCAUUCCGGCACACAUCCGUUUCGAACAGUCGCAUCUUCGUCAUCACCACUGCCCGUAGUAGAUCGUAGCGAACCCUCGGAAGAUCCACCGAAUGGUUCGAGGGUAAAGUCCACCCGGCUUGUGGUACAAGAGUUGACGUCAUCAAGACGCCAGAUAAGGGAAGCCACCGUCGAUACUACGAACUCGCGUGUGGUGCUCCGGGUGGACAAGGAACGGUACGAGUUCCCAGCAGUUUGGUUGCGCGAUAACUGCCAGUGUGAGCGAUGCUUCCAUGACGGAUCUUCUAGCCGGGUGCUGGACUGGGAACGGUUCGAUGUGGAUCGGGUAAAGGUGUUGCAGGUGCGUGUGGUGGACGCUGGUCAUUCGUUGGAAUUGGUUUGGGGACACGAAGCAAUUGAAGAUGGCCAUCGAUCGGUGUACGAUCUGGAUUGGCUUUUGAAGCGAAGUUUUAGGGAGCAGGACACUGAACGCUAUCUGAAAGAGUGGUACCGUCCCGAACCGGUCGUUUGGGGUGUGGAUGGCUUUGGGGAGGUGUUGAAGGAGUUUUCGUUUGAGGAAGUUCUGCGGGAUGAUGGGGCGUUGAAGUGCUGGAUCGAAGCGUUGAUUGCGUACGGUGUGGUCAUGAUCAAGGACGCUCCAUUGACGGAGAAAGAAUGUAGACGGUUGGCCGAUCGGGUUGGAUUCAUUCGGAAAACACAUUACGGGGAAGAAUUCGUCGUAAAAGCAAAAGAAGGCACCAGCAACGUCGCUUACCUAUCCACACCACUGCAAAUGCACACGGAUCUGCCCUACUACGACUACAAACCGGGCUGCAAUCUACUGCACUGUCUCGUACAGUCGAACAAUCGCGUUGGUGGUGAGAACCUGCUCGCGGAUGGGUUUUACGUGGCGGAACAACUGCGCCACCAUUAUCCGGACGAUUUUCGGCUGCUUAGUGAAACGCUUGUGGAUUGGAGCGAUGUGGGUACGGAUGAGGCAGGAAGCUUUCACAGUAUCUAUCGUGCACCUGUUAUUUGUAUUGGACGCGAUGGUCGCCUCGAGAGGAUCAAUCACAGUGUACCGCAGCGUGACAGCCACUUUAGCGUACCGAUCGAUCGGGUUGAGCCGUGGUAUCGGGCGAUGCAACGGUUCGUGACAAUCCUUCACCGCGAAGCGGUACGUUUCAAGACCACUCCAGGCGAUAUUCUAACGUUCAGCAACGUUCGUAUGGUACACGGGCGUACCGGUUAUACAGACACCGCAUCCAACACACGGCACAUCGUCGGUGCGUAUCUCGAUUGGGAUGAAAUUUACUCGAAACUACGCGUCUUGAAAGCAGCUUCGGAUUAGGAG